AUGACACCUUCGGCACAACCUGUUAUCAAUGUUCAACUAAGGGAACCUCUGACUGUCCAAACAUAUCUCCCAAGAGUUGUAGUGACCACUCUAAUUGUUAAGAAGCCUGAGUAUGACACCAAAGCAGUCCCUUGGGACUAUCGAGCAAGUGCCAAGGGCAAGAUGAUCGACACUGUCGUGGCUCAAGGGAUGACAAGGUCGGAGAGGUGUUAUGCCCCAGAGGACCUAAAUCAAAGAGUUCUCGGAAACGAACAAAAUCCAAAGAAGAAUAUUACCGAUGCUGAAGCCGCAGAGUUUUGGAAGAAGAUGCAGUCCAAAGACUAUUCGGUUGAAGAACAGUUGAAGAAGACGCCAGCCCACAUAUACAUUUGGUCUUUGCUUAUGAGUUAUGAAGCUCAUAGGUUUGCUUUGAUGGAGGUGUUAAGCGGAGUGAUAAUUCCAAAAGAGACCACAAGUGAGACCUUAGCUGCAACGAUUGGAAGAAUAGUGGAAGCUAACAAGAUUUCUUUCCAUGAUGAUGAGUUGCCCGCAGAAGGGACUGGGCAUAACAAAGCGCUUCACAUCGCAGUCAAAUGUUGUGAUAAGAUUGUGACUCGAGUUUUAAUUGAUGGUGGCUCCGGAUGCAACAUAUGUCCUUUCACCACUCUAAGAAAUUUAGGUGUUAAUAUGGGAGAGAUAAAGGAAAGUCGUGUGAAAGUUAGAGCCUUUGAUGGAGCGCAAAGAAGUGUCAUCGGAGAGAUACAUCUCACAUUGCAGGUGGGGCCGGCUGAAUUCCCUAUUCUAUUUCAAGUGAUGGAUGUAUCAUCCAACUACAACCUAUUGUUGGGAAGACCAUGGGUUCACAUGGCAAGAGCGGUUCCUUCCACUCUUCAUCAAUGUGUAAAGUUUGAGUGGGGUCAUACAGAAAUUACCAUCCACGGAGAACUCAGUCACCCCAUUCAUUCUGUUAAUUCUAUCCCAGUCGCCGAUGAGUUAGACGGAGCAACUCUUCACACUUUGAAAAUCAUGCAAGCUAUAAGGGUCAAUGAGGGAUUAGAGCACGAAGAUACCAAGUUGUCAAGUGCAGCGAAAAUGGUUGCAUCAGAAAUAUUGAAGUAUGGAUAUCAGCCUAAGAAUGGACUUGGACCUAAGUCCAAUGGCUUAGUUGAGCCGAUCCAGUUGAAGCAUCAGAGAGGCACCAACGGACUAGGAUAUGAGCCUGCCUCAGGAAGAGACUGUCACGGGUCAAGCGAUACAAUCUUUGUACCAGAACAAUCUUCUAUUCUAGAUCAAGCUGGCGUUGAUGACAUCGUGGAAGGAUUAGGCAAUCUGUUCGUGGCCAUGGCUGGAGAAGAGGAAGGGAUAAACCUCAACAAGUUGACCAUUCGUGAUGCAAAACCUGGAGAAAUCUUGCAGAAUUGGACCACCAGCCCAUCCCUGUUUCAACCAGAGUCCUGCACUCAUAUUAAUAAAAAUCCUCGUUCAACGGUUAUAACAUGUAAUGAAUCCACCGAGCAAGAUGAAAAUGAUGAACAAGAUCACGAAGAGUAUGAUGAAAGCAUGAUGCCUGAAAAUCUACCACACGAGAUUAAGCAGGUUGAAAGUCAGAAGAAACCCAAUAUGGAUGAAGCAGAGGUUGUCAACUUAGGAGAUGAGGAAAUCGUGAAGGAGACAUGA